AUGGCGGACUCAGAUGAAGAUUCCACUGCUUUAUCAGAUGACAACACCGCCAAAGCUGGCGGAGAACCUAGAAAAGUUGUAACGGAAGACACUUGCCCAGAAACCGCGUCGAAAUCGGCCCGGUUGGAGGCUCCAGAGGCGACUGGACGCACACAGGUUCGGUUACCGAACACGCUAUUGGUCCUUUCGCCGAUGGAAAGACAUGCUUCCACGCAGCUCAAGGGAACGGACCUACUCGAAACCUUUCUUUUACGUAUUAUUCUGGCCAGUCUGAGGUGCAAGAAGGACUACCUUUCGAAGAAAUCUAAGAGAAAGGGUCGAAGCGUACCCGCACCCCAAGUCCAACGGACAGUUUGCCGAUCUUUUGGCGCUUGUCCAAAGCUUUACUGUAAAAUUAUGUCAAGCUACCUCAUGGACCAUUCUGUUCACACCAGUGGGGCUGAAGGGCAAGGGAGAGCCGGAAAUCCUUUGCCGAGAGAGACUCGGAUCCCACGUACAAAGGCCGUCACAAUUGCUCUCCGCGAAUUCGUACAAAAAGAACGGAUGAAUAGGAAACGAGUCACUGCGAGUCAGCUGUUGGAUUUUUUUAUGAAAGAGAACAUUGUUCAUAUUUUAACGGAUCCGCGCACUGGACUUUUAUCAAAAACGGAGUUUGAUUCAGCCCAUCGUAACGUGCGUCGGUAUCUGGAAGGCUAAGGGUACAGGCGGGGCCGUCGAAAGGACAUUGCGCCAGAUCCAGUGCUUAUCUUCGAGCGCCAUGAGUAUGUGCAAGCUCUUUUUGCCAAUGAAGCAUUGCCAAAGGAACAGAUACCUGCGCAAUGUGUACUUGGACAAAAGUUACAUCCAUGAACAAUACAACAAGUAUGAGACUUAGUACCUUGGAUCCAAGUAAAGAUUUGGACAUCAGAUUUUGUAAGUACAAGCACAAAGGUUGGCAAUACUGUCUUGCUGCCGCUAUUCAGGGACCAGAUCCUUUGGUGGACAUCCUUGAACUUGCAUCUGGAAAGGCUGGACUGGUAAAAGGAAUUCUAUGGGCAUUCUGCCCACAGAAAAAGGAUAGUCACAAAGGUGACUCCCUUCAAUGGAGAAAAUUUUGUUGAUUGGUGAAAACAUCAACUUCUACCCAAUCUUAACCAGCCUUCUCAGCCUUCCCUUAUCCACAUGGAUGAUGCAGCAUAUCACAAGGUACAUGGGGAUCAAGUGCCAAAGCGGGGGAAGAUGCAAAAGCACGAGUGUAUUGAAUAUCUAGUCAAAAGGUAUCGAGACCAAGGCCGGAUGCUCCGCUGCGAUGGUCAAAGCUCAGACAAAAGCCUGGAUUGUUGCAAAUGAGAAAUUUGAAUGCAGUAGAUUGGCAGAGAAGCAAGGACACACAGUCUUGUUCACCCCACCAUACCACAAUGAUCUACAGCCAAUGGAGUAUGUUUGGGCUCUGAUUAAGGGCAAUAUUGAUAGGCAGUUUAGUGUGAAUUCAACUCUAGAGAUUGUAUACCGGCAACUGCUGAAAGAGUUUGACAAUUUGCUGGAGUCUGGACAUGACUUUAUCCAUGGUAUGAUUGAGAAGUGUAUGAAGCUUGCAUAAAAGUUUCUGGAUGACAUUCCUG